ACUCCCAACACCAUGAAGUACACCGCCGCCACCCUCCUCGUCUCCGGCGCCUCGGCGUUCACGUCGACGACCAACUCCCUCUCGGCCGCGCCCCUCCGCGCGUCCGCGCAGGCGGCCCCCUCCAUGGCCGUCGCGGGCGGCAUCAACGGCUUCGGCCGCAUCGGCCGCCUCGUGGCCCGCAUCAUGUGCAAGUCCGACGCCAUCGACCUCAAGCUCGUCAACUCGGGCGCGUCCAACGAGUACAUGGCCUACCAGUUCAAGUACGACUCGAUCCACGGCCGCUACCCCGGCACCGUCGAGGCCACGGACGACGGCCUCAAGAUCGACGGCGUGCUCACGCCCACGUCGCACACGCGCGACCCCGCCGAGAUCCCCUUCUCGGCCAUGGGCGCCGAGUACAUCUGCGAGUCCACGGGCGCGUUCCUCACGGCCGAGAAGGUCGAGGCGCACCUCGCCGCCGGCGCCAAGAAGAUCAUCUUCUCCGCGCCCGCCAAGGACGACUCGCCGACGGUCGUCAUGGGCGUCAACGAGGAGACGUACGACUCCGCCAUGAAGGCCGUGUCCUGCGCGUCCUGCACGACCAACGGCCUCGCGCCCAUGGUCAAGGCGCUCAACGACGCCUACGGCAUCGACGAGGGCCUCAUGACGACGGUCCACGCGAUGACGGCGACGCAGAAGGUCGUCGACGCGUCGUCCAACAAGGACUGGCGCGGCGGCCGCUGCGCGUCGGGCAACAUCAUCCCCUCGUCCACGGGCGCGGCCAAGGCCGUCGCCAAGGUCAUCCCCGACGUCGCGGGCAAGCUCACGGGCAUGGCCUUCCGCGUGCCCACGGCUGACGUCUCCGUCGUCGACCUCACGUGCCUCCUCUCCAAGGAGACGUCCUACGAGGAGAUCUGCGCCGAGAUCCAGAAGCGCGCCAACGGCGACAUGAAGGGCUUCCUCGGCUACUGCGACGAGCCCCUCGUGUCCACGGACUUCGAGACGGAGCCCACGUCCUCCAUCUUCGACGCCGGCGCGGGCAUCAUGCUCUCGCCCAAGUUCGUCAAGACCGUCGCCUGGUACGACAACGAGUGGGGCUACUCCAACCGCGUCGUCGACCUCAUGUGCCACAUGGCCGCCGUCGACCUCAAGGUCAAGGCCUAAGCGCGGUCCCGACCGGCCUGCCGCCCGCUCGCGCGCCGACACUCUGCGAGUGUCGGCGCGCUCGUAGCGGCCCCCCUGCCACUGCCCACCCGCGUAAGUACCUGACGCG